AGCAAGGUGUAUUUUCAUUGCACAUUUUAAUGCGUGUUGCGUAAGGUUACCCGGUAAUCAGGUAUAUAUAUAACCCAAUUGAUAACUUAACGCUAUAUGACAAAUACAUUCUAAUCAUACACAUGUUUAUUUAGUUUUACAAGUCUAUCUGUUUUUUUGGUUUUAUCUGACCCGAUAGUAUGGCAGAUGUGGAAAAUGUCCCCUUAGGUGACGAUGGUAAACCAAUGUCAAAAAAAGCAUUAAAGAAACAACAGAAAGAUGCUGAGAAAGCUGCAAAGAAGGCGCAGCGUCAGCAAGAGCAAGCUGAUGCCCAACAGAAAGCUGACGCAGAUGAUGUUUCUAAAGAUCUCUAUGGAGACAUGGUGAUGAUACAAUCCUCCGAGAAACCAGAUCGCUGCUUACAACCAAUUGGAGAUAUAGGACCGAACCUGGCAGAAAAAAACAUCUGGGUUCGUGGCCGUCUCCACACUUCACGUGGUACUGGUAAACAAUGCUUCACUGUGCUACGGCAUCAGCAGUCAACUAUCCAAGCAUUAAUCUUUGUUGGUGAAAAAAUUAGCAAACAGAUGGUCAAGUUUUGUGCCAACAUCAGCAAAGAAAGCAUAGUGGAUGUGUAUGGCGUGGUGAAGAAAGUUGAACAAAAGGUGGAAAGUUGCACACAGGAUGAUGUGGAAAUUCAUAUCGGCAAGAUUUUCGUAGUGAGCAAAGCAGCUCCACAGCUCCCUCUGCUGAUAGAAGAUGCCUCACGACCAGAACUGGAAGAUGGUAAGAAUGAGGAGGGAGGUCGUCCAAGAGUCAACCUUGAUACAAGACUUGACAACCGAAUCCUUGAUUUGAGGACCACCACCAAGCAAGCAAUCUUCAGACUCGAGGCUGGUGUGUGUAAGCUAUUCCGAGAUACUUUGACAGCGAAGGGCUUCUGUGAGAUCCACACACCCAAGAUAAUAUCAGCGGCUAGCGAAGGAGGGGCGAAUGUGUUUACGGUCUCUUACUUCAAAACAAAUGCCUUUCUUGCACAAAGUCCACAACUGUACAAACAGAUGGCAAUUGCUGCUGACUUUGAAAAGGUUUUUACUGUUGGUGCAGUGUUUCGAGCAGAAGAUUCCAACACCCAUAGACAUCUUACUGAGUUUGUUGGUCUUGAUCUUGAGAUGGCUUUCCAAUAUCACUAUCAUGAAGUGUUGCAGGUUAUCGGAGAUAUGUUCAUAUCUAUAUUCAAAGGGUUGAGAGAAAGCUACCAGAAAGAGAUCACGACAGUAGCUCGACAGUAUCCAGCAGAGCCAUUCAAGUUCCUCGAGCCAACUCUGAUCCUUCAGUAUCCGGAGGCAGUGAAGAUGUUGAAUGAUGCAGGAGUGGAGAUGCAGGACAAUGAGGAUCUCAGCACCCCAUCUGAGAAGCUUCUUGGUCGUCUUGUUCGUCAAAAAUACGACACCGAUUAUUACAUACUUGAUAAAUAUCCUCUUGAAGUGCGACCUUUCUACACUAUGCCUGAUCCUGACAACCCAAAAUGGUCCAACUCGUAUGACAUGUUUAUGAGAGGAGAAGAAAUAUUGUCCGGUGCUCAGAGGAUCCAUGACCCUGAGUUUCUGUCUGAACGAGCCAAAGCACACGGAAUUGAUCUGAAAACAAUUGAAGCUUAUAUCGACUCAUUUAAAUAUGGCUGCCCUCCUCAUGCUGGUGGUGGGAUAGGUAUGGAGAGAGUAGUGAUGUUGUAUCUAGGUCUUCACAACAUCCGUUCGUCUUCUCUCUUCCCACGUGAUCCUAAGAGGCUUACUCCUUGAUCAUAUAGCAGUCUCUUACUUAGUAGCGAAUUUUCGGUGUGAAAAAAAUCAGAAUUUUUCGAAAGCAAAUUUUUCAAUAAGUUACCGCCCAAAUGGUGCCUUAUCAAUAUAUUUAAAAAAUAUUAAACAAAAAGCCAUUUUUGAUACAAAUGAAUCCGUUACGCCUAACCUAUUCACUGCCUCGAAAGAUUGGUUUAUAAAUCGAUUUAUAUGUUGCAAGAAUUCUACAAGAGGCAUAGUUAUUUACAUAAUCAUAUUUAUAGUAGGAUGGGGGAAGAUGGGACGCAUUUUUAUUCUGUUUUCUGGUCCCGACCAGGAUAUUUGAAUAUUAAGUGCUAAAAUUUUCCCGUCUUCCCCCACCCCACUAUACGAUGCUAAUAUCAUCUUCCGCUUGUUUCGUUGCCUGCAUUAUCGUUCCAAUGGUUAUCACGGAUUUUUACUAACGGGUGAAUCUAAUACAAUGCAUGGAAAGAA